CACCCGUAGCGCUGACGUCCGCCGUCAGGUCCACCCGUAAAGCCUUUGGGAUAUUUUUUGCAGUUAGUAGGGGCAGCUUGAACUCCGUUGGUAGAGAAGUCCGGCAAGAACGACUUCCAAAGGCGGGACCUCGCGGACUUUCGCUUCGUCAAAGCAAGAGGAUGGCUCAUUUCUCCGGUGAGGACCAAGCGAUGCUGCAAGCGAUGCUGAGGCAGCUGUUCCACAGCGUGAAGGAGAAAAUCACAGGAGCUCCGUCCCUGGAGUGCGCCGAGGAGAUCCUCUUACAUCUGGAGGAAACUGAUGAAAAUUUUCACAACUAUGAAUUUGUGAAGUACCUGAGACAGCAUAUAUGUAACACUUUGGGGCCUAUGAUUGAAGACGAAAUGGAAAAAUGGACAUCUAAUCAGAAUCAGGGUGACGAAUUUGGCUAUGACACCGUUGUACAGCAUGUUACCAAAAGAACUCAGGAAUCUAGAGAAUACAAAGAAAUGAUGCAUUCCCUGAAGAACAUCAUGAUGAUAGUGGUGGAAUCUAUGAUUAACAAGUUUGAAGAAGAUGAAAUACGAAGUCAAGAGAGGCGCAGAAAAAUCCAAAAGGAGAAAAGCAGUAGUUACUGCACAGACAAUUGCUCUGAUAGUGAUUCGUCAUUCAAUCAGAGUUACAAAUUUUGUCAAGGAAAACUACAGUUGAUUUUAGACCAGCUAGAUCCUGGGCAACCUAAAGAGGUGAGAUAUGAAGCCUUGCAAACAUUGUGUUCAGCUCCGCCAUCUGAUGUACUAAACUGUGAAAAUUGGACCACUCUCUGUGAGAAACUGACGGUGUUUCUUUCAGACCCGGAUCCUGUUUUUAGUGACCGGAUUUUAAAAUUCUAUGCGCAGACAUUUACACUUUCACCAUUACAUAUGACCAAGGAAAUUUAUACAAGCUUAGCUAAAUAUUUGGAGUUAUACUUUCUUUCUAGAGAAAGUCACAUUCCUACUCUUUCAACUGGCGUAGAUGUAACUAAUUCUAAUGUGAACCGCUUACUUAAAAAGGUUCGUCUUCUGAAUGAAUAUCAGAAAGAGGCUCCAUCUUUUUGGAUUCGACACCCAGAAAAGUAUAUGGAAGAAAUUGUGGAGAGUACUUUGUCUUUACUGUCACUUAAACAUGAUCAAAGCCAUCUUGUCUCGCAGAAGAUUUUAGAUCCAAUAUAUUUUCUUGCGUUGGUUGAUGCCAAGGCUGUGUGGUUCAAAAAGUGGAUGCAUGCAUAUUAUAGCAGAACUACAGUACUAAGACUUCUUGAAAAGAAAUAUAAAUCUCUGAUAACUACAGCAGUGCAGCAGUGUGUUCAAUACUUUGAGUUGUGUGAAACCAUGAAAGCCAAUGAGGUUUUGAGACAUUCAAAGCCUUGUGGGAACAAGCAGAAAACUUUCUACUACUCAGGACAAGAACUACAAUACAUUUAUUUUAUUCACUCAGUCUGCCUUUUAGGAAGAUUACUGAUCUAUAAACAAGGCAGAAAACUAUUUCCUGUAAAGCUGAAGAAUAGAAAAGAUUUGGUAUCCCUUACAGAUCUGCUGGUUCUGUUUACCCAACUUAUCUAUUACUCACCAAGCUGUCCAAAGAUGACAUCAUCUGUACAUUUAGAGAAUUACUCUCCUGCAAGUAUGGUAACUGAAGUUCUCCGUAUACUCUGUGAUCAAAAAGAAUGUGCCGUUGAAUGCUUAUGUAACAACACUGUGAUGGAGGCACUUCUUCAGCCUAUUCAUAACUUAAUGAAAGGAACUAAGGCUGCUCCGCAUUACUCUGAAACAGCUUUAAUUCAUAUAGCUGAUAUUUUGGCAAGGAUUGCAUCUGUAGAAGAAGGACUUAUCCUGCUACUCUAUGGAGAAAAUAUGAACUCUUCUGAAGAAAAAAGUCCUACAGGUGCUCAUAUAAUUGCCCAGUUUUUGAAAAAACUCCUUGAUGAAGAUAUUUCUAUUUUUUCUGGAUCGGAAAUGUUUCCUGUGGUUAAAGGAGCUUUUACUUCGGUGUGUCGUCAGAUAUAUGGUACAUGUGAAGGCUUGCAAGUAUUACUUCCUUAUAGCUUGCAUGAAUCUAUAGCAAAGGAAUGGAAGAAGACAAGUUUGCUAUCAGAAAGACUUCCUACUCCAAUAGAGGGUUCUGAUUCUGUUUCUUCAGUAAGCCAGGGAUCCCAAAACAUUGUGGCUUGGGAAGAGAAUUUGUUAGAUGAUUUACUAAAUUUUGCUGCCACUCCGAAAGGACUAUUGCUACUUCAAAGAACAGGUGCCAUCAAUGAAUGUGUGACAUUUAUGUUCAACCGAUACGCGAAAAAAUUACAGAUCAGCAGGCAUAAAAAGUUUGGCUAUGGAGUUCUGGUUACACAGGUGGCAUCAACAGCAGCAGGUGCAAUAGCAUUACAAAGUUCAGGGUUUAUUAAUUCACUUAUAACUGAAUUGUGGUCCAAUCUGGAAUGUGGAAGAGACGAUGUUAGAGUGACCCAUCCCAGAUCUACUCCAGUGGACCCUAUUGACCGAAGCUGUCAGAAGUCUUUUUUAGCACUGGUAAACUUAUUAUCUUAUCCUGCUGUUUAUGAGCUGGUUGGCAAUCAAGGUCUUCCUAAUAAAGCAGAAUAUUCUCUUCGUGAGGUCCCAGCGUGUAUUAUUGAUAUUAUUGACAGACUUAUAAUUUUGAAUUCUGAAGCUAAGAUUCGUUCUUUAUUCAACUAUGAACAAUCACACAUCUUUGGUCUAAGGUUAUUAAGUGUGGUGUGCUGUAAUCUAGACACCCUUCUCCUGUUAGAGGCUCAGUAUCAAGUAUCUGAAAUGUUACUAAAUGCUCAAGAAGAAAAUACCUUGGACACCUCUGAGAGCCACAGAGAUUUUAUAAUUGAUAGCUUAUCGGUAGAGAGAAAUCAUGUUCUUGUUAGAAUAAAUCUUAUUGGUGGGCCAGUGGAACGAUUGUUGCCUCCAAGGAUACUAGAGAAGGGUGAUGAUCCAUAUCCUUGGCCAAUGUUUUCAUCAUAUCCUUUACCAAAAUGCUAUAUGUCAGACUGUGUUACAAGAAAUGCUGAUCUAAAACAAGACAGUGAUCUUGGCAAACUUUUUUUGCGCUUCAAAACAUCUGAUAAACAAACUGAAUGGAUAGAAAACUGCCGAAGACAAUUUCGCAAAAUGAUGAAGGCCAAACCUGAUAUAAUCAGUGGAGCUGCUUUAGUAGAAUUACUUGAAAAAUUUGUUCUUCAUCUCUCUGAAAGCCCGUCUGAAUGCUACUUCCCCCCAGUGGAAUAUACAGCUACUGAUGCAAAUGUGAAGAACGAAAGUCUUUCAUCUCUGCAGCAGCUGGGCGUUAAAAUGACUGUUAGGUAUGGCAAAUUCCUCAAACUGUUAAAAGAUGGUGCUGAAAGUGAUCUUAUCUUGGUUUUAAAACAUUGUGAGAGGUUCCUGAAACAGCAGCAAGCUUGUGUGAAAUCUUCUCUUCUCUGCCUGCAGGGAUGUUACACCGGCCAUGACUGGUUUGUAUCCUCCUUGUUCAUGAUAAUGUUGGGGGACAAAGAGAAAACAUUCCGAUUUCUUCAGCAGUUCUCCAGGCUUCUGACUUCCGCUUUCCUUUGGUUACCAAGACUACAUAUUUCUAGGUAUCUGCCAAUGGACACUAUAGAAUCUGGUAUACAUCCAGUAUAUUUUUGCAGCACUCACUACAUUGAAAUGCUACUGAAAGCAGAGGUACCACUUGUGUUUUCAGCUUUUCACAUGUCUGGAUUUGCGCCAUCACAGAUUUGCCUGCAAUGGAUAACUCAGUGUUUUUGGAAUUAUCUAGAUUGGAUAGAAAUCUGCCAUUAUAUUGCCACUUGUGUUUUCCUUGGCCCCGAUUAUCAAGUGUAUAUCUGUAUAGCCAUAUUCAAACAUCUACAGCAAGACAUUCUACAGCACACUCAGACUCAAGAUCUGCAGGUUUUCCUCAAAGAAGAAGCACUACAAGGGUUUCGAGUGAGUGCUUACUUUGACUACAUGGAAAUUUUGGAACAAAACUACCGACCAGUGCUGCUGAGAGACAUGCGGAACAUUAGAGUGCAAAGCACAUAGAUUGGGGCAUACAAUUUAAUUUUAUGCUUUAUUUAUUUUUAAAGGAAAUAAAGGGAUUUGGAUAGUGUCUAUGUCCAUAACAACAUAUCCUUUGUGAAUACACAAUAUUGUAAAUCAGUGUUGAGAGUUUUUAAAUAUAAUACAUUCAAGUAGGUAUCAGCCCAAUUUGUGACAUGAAAUAGAUUCAUUUUUGUAAAUUCGCUGUUGUAUAAGGCUGUUUUAGAAUUAAAUCUAGCUUACUUAUAGUUCUUUAUGUCUGAGAGUUAGUCUUAACCUACAUUUGCUUCUUCUAAAGAUUAUUAAAGUACUUUGUCCAAUGAGUUUGGAAAGCAGCAGCAAUAUUGUAAGCUAUCAUUUGACCAACCAAGAGAGAGUCCACAGAGACAAGGAAGAUAAUUGUUUUCUUCAUUUUUUAAGUUUUCACAUAUAAAGGAAAAUUGACAAAACCAGAACUCCAUAUUUUACAUAUGGAAAAACAAAUGAUAUUUAUCAUGGCAGGUGGUCAGAAAAUUAUUGUCCUCACACAUAAUUGUUUUUCUAGGAAUCCCUUUUGAUACCUCUAUCAAUUUAUAAUUUUUCAUGUGAAACAUAGUCUCUACAUGGUUCAUUUAAAAGAUAGAUUGGUUGGUUCAUACUGAUAAUGCAUUUGACUCUCUUUUGUUAUGCAUUUUCCUUAGUGAUAGGUUUGAUUUGUACUGAAUUUGAAAACAUUUAAGAGAAUAGAUUUGUAAAUUAUUUUAAAUGACUAACACAGUGUUUUAUAUUAUUUAAAUGGAGGGAUCUUCUCCACUGAAAUUUAUAUAGUGUACUAGGGCCUAUUUUCUUAUAAUUGUCACAUUUAAUAUAUGAAAGAUAAAACACAAAAAUACUAAUUUUUCAGUUAGCAAUUUCAAGUUCUUAAAAUUAUAAGUGGAGAUAAUUUUAUAUUCAUUGCUUAUAUUUAAAUAUAAAUCAACCAUUAAAACCAUGUUCAGAAGCCUUUUUUCUUUUUAACCAAAAAUGGCUUAUCCACAAACUCUUAUUUUUCCUUUUAGUAUGAUGAAACAAUGGUACUAUACAAUUUUCGGUUUUGUGAUAUUCAGGCAAUUGCAAUAUCAGCUUUCCAAAAUCAGGUUUUAUGCUGUAAAUGCCAACAAUAGCUUCUCAGUAAUGGUGUCCCUAAAGGGCAUUGAAAAAGUUGAGAAAAGAAAAUUGGGCAAGUUAAUUUGACAUAUUGCUCACUUUAGCUCUGGCUGAUAUGAGUUAAGUAAGAAAGCCCUAGGUUACUCAAAACACUAAGUUUUGUCUACUUUCAAACUUAAUUUUGAAAAGCUGCUCCACAGAACCUGUAUUACAUGUUUAUGACUCCAUUUUUCCCCUUCUGUUCCUGAUACAUUGUUAUAGAUCCUGAGAAACUUGCAGCUUUCUUUCUUUUAAAAAGCUCUUAUACAGUAAUUGGAAAUACAAAUGGAGAAGAAACUAAAUUUUAUAAUAUUCAGUGGUGACUGAUUGGAAACGGAAGUAAGAUCUAGAUAACAAUUACAUUUUGGAAAAAUGACUUCAGCUGGAGCCAGAAGGCUUUCAUUUUUAUUUAAUAUCUUAUGAACAAUGACUUAGCAAUUUGGAGAUAUAAAAUAUAGUACUAUAGCUACCAUUGUGAAUUA